UCAUCCCCAACUUCGCUAUAUGGUAUUACUGAAACCCCCUCUUCUGUGCUUCUCGCUCGCUCGCUCGCUGUGUUGAUUCCAUCCGAUUCGAGGACCUGACGAUCGUAGGAGGAGCGAAGCACGAUGAGCAGCAUCGGCACCGGCUACGAUCUCUCCGUCACCACCUUUUCCCCCGAUGGGAGGGUCUUCCAGAUCGAGUACGCCGCCAAGGCUGUCGACAACAGCGGGACCGUCAUUGGGAUCAAAUGCAAGGACGGGAUCGUGAUGGGUGUGGAGAAGCUGAUCUCGUCGAAGAUGAUGUUGGCGGGAUCUAACAGGAGAAUACAUGCUGUUCACCGCCAUUCUGGCAUGGCUGUGGCAGGCUUAGCUGCUGAUGGCAGACAAAUCGUUGCACGAGCAAAGUCCGAAGCAACCAGUUAUGAGAGAGUAUAUGGUGAACCCAUACCUGUCAAGGAACUUGCAGAUCGUGUUGCCAGUUAUGUUCAUCUUUGUACACUCUAUUGGUGGCUCAGGCCUUUUGGCAGUGGGAUUAUUCUUGGUGGUUAUGACAGAGAUGGACCUCAGCUUUACAUGAUUGAGCCAUCUGGAGUAUCAUAUAGGUAUUUUGGUGCUGCAAUUGGGAAGGGAAGACAAGCUGCCAAGACGGAGAUAGAGAAGCUGAAGCUGUCUGAGAUGACCUGUAAGGAGGGAAUCAUUGAAGUUGCCAAGAUAAUUUAUGGAGUGCAUGAUGAGGCAAAAGAUAAAGCAUUUGAGUUAGAAAUGAGCUGGAUCUGUGAUGAAUCUAACCGCCAACAUCAGAAGGUUCCAGAUGAUCUAUUGGAGGAAGCCAAGACAGCCGCGAAAGCUGCACUGGAGGAGAUGGAUGCAGAUUAGAGGCACUAAAUAAACUUUCAGUAUUUUAUAGGUUGAAUUUAAAUGAUGUCUCACCCUAUUUUUCCGACAUUGAGUGAUCCUAGUUGUUGCAGAGGGUCGAUGGGGAAAGCUGUGUUCUUUGUAAGUGAAUACAUUUUGCAUUGACAGAAAAAUCUCAACCUUGUUCUUUGUGUUUUGAAUUCUCAAUAGCAUGCUUGGUUGAAUCUUGGAUGCAUGCUUGCUUACCGCAGUUGAAUAUUGUAUCAUGUUGUACAGAAUGUUAAUGUCUAGAAUUUAUUAACUCUGGGAUUUA